AUGGCGGCCGAAUUGAGAAGCGAGCUCGAGUACCGUCGCAACUUUGUGAUGCAAUGUCGCGUCGAAGGAUUCGAGUAUGUAGACGGUACCCUGUUGUUCGAAGGGAUCGCCCGCGUCGAUGGGGCCCGGCUGCGCGAGCUCUGUUUCCCCGAUGACAUUGAGGAUCCCGACAAGAGGAGAUCAACAGUCGCUGAAGCCAGAAAGCUUUUUAAGAAGAAGGAGUGGUUCAAAGCGCAGUCAAUGUUCUAUGAUCUGCGACUCACGCAUAUGAAGAUGAAGACACUUAGCGGCUUGCGCUACGACCUCCGUGAGAUGGUAAAGACGGGCCUAUGCGAUAAACUUGCCAAACGUGCAGAUGUGAUCGAUUCGGCAUUCGAAGAUGCCGAGCGGAUGCGUCGGGAAAAGGAGUCAAUAUUCCUCGAAUUUAGUGACCCUACCAUCAAGGCGGCUUGGGACAUCGAUCUCUUCAAAGAACACUUUUUCUUAAAGGAUGGGGAGCCAGAUCCAAAUGUCACGCCUGAGCCUAUUGUUCUUCGCGAUAUCGAUCCUCAACUGAUGUUUGAGAUUCCCUCAAUGGUAGAGGAGAUCGACGGGCUUUACCUAGCUCCGGGACUCCUCAACGGAAAGCCUUUCGCCGUUAUUGGCUGGGACAGGGAGGAAGUGAAGAACACAGGUCUGGCAGAGAACGCAAAGUUUCAGUCUGGUCCUACUAGUUCUUCUAAGUAUGUUCCUCCAAAGAAGCCAUGGCAGCAAGCUAUGGACGACCACCGCAAAUACCUCUCAGAAUCCGCUGAAGCUGCUGAGGCGAGACUCAAGGAAGAGGACAUUCUGGAGUUUACGCCGAAGGAAAUGCUUCUCGGAGACGCCAUCGGGUCAUACGUCGUCAAGUGCCCUCAACUACAGAUGAAGUAUGCGAUGUAUGGCGCUGUGUUUCAUUUGAACAUCCAGGACCAUCCGGGGAUGGAAGGAAGGGAUGGACUUCUUACUGCCAGCAUGAGCUUUGGCGUUGUGAGCGGUAUCAUGCUCCUCUCUUUCUCCAAAGAUACUCUGAUUAAGGCUUCAAAUGGGUGGGCGCAAGAAUUUCUGGACGAAGAUGAAUAUUCUGAUGUCCCGCCUCUGGAAAAUAUCGAGCCAUAUAUUGUAGAACGACCGCUCGAACGGGACGAUGAUGAUGCUGCACCUGAGCAGCCAACAGGCAAGUCAAGAAAACGUUCCGCGGCUGCCCUUGGCAGCAAAGCGCGGCGUCCGCAAACGCGCAAGAAGCGCAAGCCGAAUUCGCGACAGACGUUUGAGGGCUGCCGACGGCUUUAUUUUCUCUGGAAGGGUAAAGAGAAGCUCGGAGAAGAGCCGGUGGAAAGCCACGGUUUCCUCGACUUCAAUGCCACCUGCACUGGCUUUAAGGGGCUCACUUGGAUAGACACGUUCCAAGUCGAGAACCUGGAAUGUGCGUUCCAGGGCUACAAGGUCAUACCAAAGCCUCCACAGCCCCCUGAUGAAGUAUCAAACUUGGAAGAUACAGAAAGCUCUGAUAGCGACUCUGAUGAGGUACCGGAGAGCUUCUUGGUCAACUUUCUUCUAGAACGAUGA